AUGAUCAGAAGAUCACUUGUGCUAUUUAAUGCCGACUCGGGUGCCAUGAAACGCCGUUUAGAGCAGUUGGCUGAGGACGCGCGUCCCAUGGCCGAUGAUCCGCAGGCGGGCGCAAUAUCGGAUGCCUUGCCUGUGGAUCUGCCCAAGUUGCGGUCCAAGCUAGAUCAAAUCGAAAACCAGAACUUCGACCACCAAUACCAGAGAGCGAUCGGUCUCAGUAAGAUCCCCACGUAUGCGGGCAAGCAAGAGCGAGAGAUUGCGAGCUCAAAGGUGUGGACGGGCAAGGAGUCUGUCUACGAUGCGUCGUUGAGAAUGCUCAACGACAAGUACAAGCCGUUGCCCAAGGCAAACGUGCGGCAGAGGCUCCACAAUGCUCGCGACGGGGCCCUCGAUUACCAACUGGGCAAAUUGUCAGACAAAACUAAACCUAAGGACGAGGACGACCAGUUUGCCGAGAUGUACAGAGAACGACUAUUGGGCCCCGCGCAGUUUCUUGGGGACUCGUUCGCGUCUGUAGACAACUCUGUGCGAUCGCUGGCCGACCAGCGGAUCCAGGAAGCGCAACGGCGCGGAGAGUUUCGUAAUCUUCCCCGAGGAAAACCGCUUCCCAGAGAUUUCACCAGCAAUAACGCCUUUAUUGACCGCACAGAGUACCACUUGAACAACAUACUGAAACGGCAGGAGGCUGUUCCGCCGUGGAUCGAGAAACAGGGCAGCGUGGAGGCUCAGAUCCGCCAAUUUCGGCGCCAGCUCGACUCCGAUUGGACACUACAGGCUGUGCACAUCGUUUGCGAGAAACACUCAAAGAAAAGCGACACGGACAAGAUCCUGAUUAUGAGCCAGUACGCUGAGGCAGAGCGCAACAACAGCUCGAGUUAUAGGAAGCUGCGCAGCAGCCAAUGGGAACAGAAAUACAGCAACUAUUUGGACGUCAAAUUAAAAACGCUGAAUGACAGCAUCCGAGGUUAUAAUCUGCAGGCUCCUUUGGCAUCGCAGAAACUGUACCUAAACGCAAACACCGAGCUGGAAAAAUGCUACCGGAGAUGCGCGGAGAAUCUAGAGGCGGCGAUCAAGAGACACCUGCUGGGCGAGUCGUCUGGAGCGCAGUCUUCGAUAGGCCCGAGAUCCGACCGCGUUCCUGGGUAUCGGGAGGUGAGGCAGCGCGACAUCCGUCAAGUGUACCAGGCACCAACCGAGUCUCUCGGGAAACAGCUACUGGACAUCUUCCGCUGGCGGCGCAAGGACGAAUAA